AUGGCUGUUCUUCCGGUGAAGGCUUUGCCGGUCGGAUACAGAUUCCGGCCGACGGACGAGGAGCUGAUAGACCACUAUUUGAGGAACAAAAUCAAUAGGCGUGACAAGGAAGUCAGUGUGAUUCGCGAAAUUGAUAUUUGCAAGCAGGAGCCCUGGGAUUUACCUCAUUUGUCCGUGGUAGAGUCUCACGACAAUGAGUGGUUCUUCUUCUGCCCAAAGGAUAGGAAGUAUCAAAAUGGUCAGAGAUUGAAUAGAGCAACAGAAAAGGGUUACUGGAAAGCCACAGGUAAAGAUAGAACCAUAAAAUCCCGAAAGGGUAAAAUCGGAAUGAAGAAGACUUUGGUUUUCUACAUUGGUCGUGCGCCCGAUGGCAAGAGGACACCCUGGGUGAUACACGAGUAUCGCGCCACUGAUAAGUCACUUGAUGGCACACAUCCCGGUCAGGGUUCCUACGUGCUCUGCCGUCUGUUCAAAAAGCCUGAUCUGAAAAAAGAUGAAGAUGGCGAACAUUCAAACGUAAAUGAAGUUGAUGAGAUUCCCGUGUCUCCUAGUGAAUUUAAAUUCUCUGCUGAAGACGAACAAUCAGAGUCAGUUACACAUAUUUUCGGUGGUUCCACCGGAAUGCAACGUUCCAGUGUCGAAAGCCCUGCAACUUUUGAUUCCAAGAAGGACGUUGUCGUGACGCCUUUGCCUAUUGACUUGCAUGUGAAUAGCUGUGUUGCUGAUGAGAUGGAGGAAAAUGUGUUGAGCACAACGUCUAUUCAGUCUAAUGCAGAUCUGGAAAAAAUGUUGGCGGACUUUUGUCACCCCAUGCAGCAAACAAUAUUCUCUCCUUUGUACUCACAGAUGCAAUCGGAGCUUGAAAAUCCAUACGUGUACGAUGGUUUUACUGGGGACAUUAACCAUAGCCAGCAAAAUAUCCCUUUCCAGUAUGGAUCUAAUGCCACAGCUGAUAUUACUGAGUUUUUGAACUCGGUGCUUAUUGAUCCUGAGGAUCAGGGUUUUGGGGGAAGCUUCUCAAUGUUGCCCCUUGAGAGUACUAAGCUCCAAUUGGCAAAAGACAGUAAUUCAAGUUGUGAAUCAGAGGGUGAGGUGUGGCAAGAUCAGUUUGAUGCACGAUGUUUAAUGAAUCACGAUGUGAUUGAGGAAAACAGCAACCAAGAGUUCUCUCCUUUCCAGAGCGAAGUUACUUUCGAUACCGAUAGUUAUGACCAUGGGAACUUGGGUUCUGCUGGCAAUCAUAUCCCAAAUAAUUUGCCAAAUAUCGAAAAAACUGUUGAUUACAGCCCUGCUACAGGGGACCGUGGUUCUGGCACUGGAAUUGUUAUUAUGGCUCGCCAGAAUUUUAAUCAACCUUCUGUCCAGAACUUGGCUGACCAGGGAACUGCACCUAGAAGAAUUCGGCUGCAGAAGAAGUUUCAAGUGGGGCCCGUGCAGUGCAGCCUUCCUAAAGAGUCCGCUGAUGGUGAAAUUACGACCCGUGAACCCGACCCUUCUGAGGACAAGAAUGUAGCUGAGGUACAUAAACCAGACGAAGUGAAGAAAUCAAGCUCUGAGGAAGCAAUUAAAGUCGAACAACCUCAUGAUUCAGCCACACGUGACAAUGUUGAUGCUCCUUUGGCCAGCUCGAAACGCUUAUCAACAUCUUUAGUGUCAGCUUCUUGGUACAUGCCUAAAGUAUUUGUGGCCAUUAGUCUUGUAACCAUGUUAGUCGGGAGGAAAAUCGACAAGAAACCUGAAAUCAAGAAAGAAUUCAACACCAACGCCCUUAUUGGCCGUCAGCUCGAUGAGGUCGGGGUUUUGCCAGAGAACGGGUUUGGUUGCUCGAUUCGGGUCGGAUUUACCGCCCGUCGUUGCUCUGCUUGCUGA